CUAUACAACGUUUGUUUAUACUUUUAUUUCCAUCAUGGCAACCAAAGAUAGUAAAGCGAAAAAGGUGAAAGAAUCGGACAAAAAGGCUAUUAAGAAGUUAGAAGAGGCAUUGCUACUUGAAGAAGGAAAAGACGAUAGCAGCCAGGAUGGAAGUAGCAGGAAUGCCACUACAGGCGAUGUGGAUGAGAACAACCAGACGAGUCCAGACGAGAGAAUGGUGGUGAAAGACCCGACCCCCGAACCAGUUUAUGAUGAACCGACCUUGGCGGAAAUAAUCAUCGAAUGCUUUGAAGGUGAAAAGGUUCGUGGUCUCUUUCAAGGAGAAGGAGAGGCUGUCUUUUCUGGAGGAAAUGUUUACAAGGGUCAGUUUUUGGAGGGCCUCAUGCACGGGAAAGGUGUCUACAUCUGGAAAGAUGGAGUUGUGUAUGAGGGAGAUUUCUACAAGAACCAGAUCACUGGAAAAGGGAUCUACAAAUGGCCCGAUGGCAGUUCGUAUGAAGGUGAUGUAUUUGAGGGAAAACGACAUGGCUGUGGUAUUUUCCGUUGUCCAGGAAACGUCAUGAGUUACAAUGGUGAAUGGUGUCAGGGUAAAAGACAUGGAAAGGGAAGAAUGGACUAUGACAGUGAAGGGCGGUCUUACUAUGAUGGAGACUGGGUGUCAAACAUCCGCCAUGGCCUGGGAACACGGCAGUACCCGUCCAGCAACAUCUACCAGGGCAUGUGGUUCAGCAACGUUCGCCAUGGCGACGGAACCAUGAAGUGGCUCGACAGGAACCAGAUAUACACCGGGCAGUGGGAGAACGGUAUCCAGCAUGGAAUGGGCCAGCACAUCUGGCUGCUGCAGCGAGUGAAGGAUUCGCAGUACGCUAUGCGCAACAUGUAUGACGGGGAGUUCGUCAACGGGCUGCGAAACGGCUUCGGCACGUUCUUAUACGCCAACGGGGCGCGGUACAGUGGCUUCUGGAGAAAUAACAUGAAGCACGGAAAGGGGAAGUUUGUUUUCAAGAACGGUCGAAUCUACGAAGGGAUGUUUGAGAAGGAUCACAUUUCUGAGUAUCCUCAGUUCAAUACUGACGGGAACACGACACCAGACAUCAGUCAGAUCCGAACUCGCACUCCAUUACCGUCAGACAACAUCAGUAUUCACAGCAACGAGAGCUGUAACACAAUCAGUCCGAGUUUCCAGCUGGAAGUCGACCAUCUGCUGUGUGAGUUUCCUAACCUUGACAGAGAGGAUGAGAUAGCUCAGGUGAUGUAUGUGGUAUUCCGCAACGUGACGAGCUUGCGUAAGAUCUACGCAUGUUACAGCGGUCUUGGGUACGAGGAGAGUCCCGACAACACGUUCACGAUGAACCGCAUGCAGUUCUGGAGGUUCGUCAAGGACUGCCAGCUGCAUCACGGCGCGCUCACUCUCAUGGACAUGGACCGCAUUUUAGGUGGUAACAAACAGAACUAUGAAUUGCACAAUCCGUAUGAGAAGAUACUACAGAGAGAGUUUAUCAACUAUCUCAUCAUUCUGUCUUUCCACCUCUACCACGAGGAACACGAUGGCCAGUCUCCACUUUUGGCGUGGUGUAUGUCUAAACUGAUUUCUGAGAACGUCUUGCUUAAUGCUUGCAACAUUAAAGGUAACUUCUACUACGAAACGCGGCGAGCUGUCAAUGCUCUUGUUCACAUGGACCAGGCAUACGAGGUUUACCAGACACACUGCACCAACAGGAAGUAUCCACCAAAAGAGCCUGCCAUGAAGAUGAGACAGUUUCUCUUCUUGAUGAAGGAUCUGAAUCUGAUCAAUGAGGACCUGACUGCCCAGGCCGUGAUCGCGGUCCUGUGCGCUGAUGACCCUGCCGUGUCCGAUGGCGAGGGAUGCUACAACCUCGAGCUGGAGAUGACGUUCCUGGAAUUCUUUGAGGCUCUGGUUGCCUGUGCUGAGGUGUAUGUUACGGAGUCGGUCGUUAAAGACCCCGGAACCCCCCGGUCCAGCACCGCCCUGACCCAGGAACAGAGCAUGUACUCCUGCCCUGCCUCCCCUUCCAGACUCGCCAGUCAGUUUGUAAUGGAAUUAUUGGCAUCUUCGAGUGAGGUUGUUGAUGUGGUGAGGUCAGAGACAGCCUGUGAGAGUCCUUUCGGCUGUUUCUUGAGUCCAGGAGGGCUGCACUCUAGUCACAGACAGGCUCAAGUGGUCUGCAGCGUGGACGUUGGCAACGACGGUGAGGUUGUUGCCAGUUACACAGCGCUUGUGAUACCCGUCCUGCCCAUGGACACUCAAAGCUCUCCCACAAUCUCUGCCAAGGCGGGCAGAUCUGUGGGGAUGGACGACGGCGCCGACUCAGCUGCUCACAUCACACCGCAUGUGUCACAGCGAGGGUCAGGAUCACCAGAUUUAUCUCCCUUGAGAGCUCAGUCUUCUGGUGCAGCUACACACAAAACAAGUGGAGACGAAUCAACAAAACACAUUGACGGGCAUGACAAAUCAGCUAUCGUCAUCACUAAUCCCGAUUUGGAAGUUGUGAGCGACAGUCGACACGAAAGUGCUCGGGAUGAUGUGACACCAUUGGCCGACCACCCGAAGAGUUCGUCAUUCUUCAGUCAACACACCGUGGUUACCGACGACAACCAACAGCUCCAUCACAGCUCCGUCUCCGUGACAGCACAGACCGAGCAAGGAGCUGAGGACGGAGAGGGUGAAGGCGACGAUGACCAGGAGGAGUAUGCGGAGGAGGAGCUAGAUGAGGCAACACGACUCUUCAACUUCUGGACUCACCAGAUCCACAUCUUUUUCGUGCGCAAGUUCUUCCCGGCUGCCGACAGACUGGCCACACUCAUCAAGCUGGUCACACACAAAAACAUGCUGCAGUCGAGACGCAGGUUCGGGGAGCCCACUACCAAGUGCUCAUCGCGGGCCAGCAUCGACGGCAACCUGCAGAGCCCUUCGGAAAAGGUCCAGCCCUAGCUAACUGACGUUUGUGGAAGAGACGUUUGAAAUUUGGUUUUCCUAUUUAUUGUUGAAUUAAAGUAUUUUAAUAAAUUACCUAUCUUUUUCCAGUGAAAGAUACAUCAAAUAGGUAUUUUUGUUAUCAUAUUGCCAGAUUAUAUUUUAUAAUUCAAAUGAACUUUAUUAUGUUCUUCUCUGUUGGCUUUUAUUUGAAAAUUGGAAAAAGUAUUUAUUUAAAUUAGUUUCAAAAGGUCCGCUGAUGAAUCUCUUAAAUAAAUGAAAUGAAGUUUUCAAGUUAAAUGUUAUAAUACGUUAUCAAAAGUGGUGUACUUUUGACUUGACUUGUUGUUCAGUUCUCAAUGUCUAUACAACUAUGUUGACUGUAUAGCCAUUAAGGCAAUAGCCAUUAAAAAAUCUGUGAUUAACAAAUUAUUUACUGUAUUAUACUUCUGUUUCUUACUCAAAAAAAAAAGAAGGAAAUAUGUUGAUGCUCCUGUGGGGCUGUUUUAUUAAAGAGUUCCCAACACUAA